AUUUGAUUUGGAUUCCCACCUACUGGAUUACUGAGGGUUUUUUUGCGCAGAGAAGACAAGGUUCUCAUGCAUGACAAAAGGGGCGCAAUAUUGUAAGUUCCAUCCUUCUUUCCAAACAAUAAUUUGAUGCGCAUUCAUUAUUUUGUUUUUCACUACAAGACUGAGCGGGUGCAUUUCUGCCUGAUCGUUCUCGCGAGUGGGCUACAUAACCGUGACGAUACCUCACCGGAUGAUAGUGGCUAUUAUUGUACUCUGACCUCUAUUGAAAUGACUAUCAAGCACCAAGACUGUUGCGUCCUUCCAGAGGCACCGCGCGGGCAGGCUACUCAUUGGAUGAACGUCCGCCGCAAUCCGUAGCCUAUUCCAGUGCCCUUUCCUUCUCAUCUUCUCGGAAAUGCAAUAACAGUUGGGGUGGCUUUUAUAGUGGUAAAACUCAAGAGGAAUACUGCAAGUUGAGGAAACGAACAAUGUGACACGUACAGUGCCCGACAAAGAACGACGAGGCUGUGUAUCUGUCCACCAGCGUCUCCUCCCACCUGUGACCUGGGUUUUCCUCUCCUGCCCUCCGAACACUCUUCUGAUGUGUUAGAGCACACUUUGCUGAACUUCCCCCUACAUUGUGUCCUAUUGAAAACAACCCGGGUUUCUGUUAGCCCAGUGGCCUUGUGAUGAUGACGUCACUUCCUGUGCCUCCAGAGUUUGAUGGAGAGCUGGUCGGAUGACAGCUGGAACUGUUGUCAUAACCGGAGGAAUUCUCGCCACGGUGAUUCUCUUGGUUAUCAUAGCAGUGCUCUGUUACUGUAGACUCCAGUAUUACUGCUGUAAGAAGAAUGGGUCAGAAGGGGACACCGGCUCCAUCACGCAGCCUCAUUUUGCCUGCAAUGCGUGCAGUGCACCCGGGGUGGAUGGGGCGGCCGUCACCCCCCUCUUCCCGGAGCCCACUGACCCCCACGCCUCAGGGCCUCCCCGCAACUACUGCCCCACCUGCUCGCCCUACGAAUCACCCUUCUACAUCCGCACCACCGAUGAAAUGCGCAACGGUGGCGAGCGCAUCACCUACAUGCCCACGCACUAUGAGAACCCAGCGCUGGGUCUCGACCUGCCCUCCCUGCACGGCUCCCUGCUGAGCACCGGACAGCAUCGCAGCAACCCAGCACCGGACUUCUAUACCAACACUCGCGCUAUAAGUACAGAGGUGUGACCCACUUCGUAUGGGGUCCUGGUGGCUCAGUUGGUUGGAGCGCGCUGCUUCCAACUCUGGUGUUGUGGGUUUGAUUCUGUACACAGAAUAUUUGUUCAUUUUCGUUUUGGAUAAAAGAAACUGGUAAAUUACCAUAUUUUUAUGAGGAUGGCCACUGGUAGCCACUGUCUCUCUCUGCUGACCGCUACAGAGAAGAUUAUGGAAAAGUAGCAUUGAGAGACAACAUGGAGCAUUGACCACUUGAUCUGGUCAAACACUUCCUGGUUCUCUCUCUCUCCCUACACUGUCAGCUAGCUUCCAGCUGGUUCUCUCUCUCUCCCUACACUGUCAGCUAGCUUCCAGCUGGAUUCGGGUAGACUCCAACAGUACUGUUUUUAUUUAUUUAAAUGGAGGUAGCUAUGUUUGUUGUUGUUUAAACCCCCUUAGGCUCCUGUAAUACAGAGGCAGAGAUCAUCCCUUUGUGUUUAAUUGACUAAGGGGACAAGACCAAGACCUAUCCACUGUCUGGCAAGGUAGUGUGGGAUUCCAAUCUUCACUGUUUGAGGGCUAUCUGUAUUGUGGUUUCACCUGCACCUACUCUUUGUCAUUUCCUUGUAUCUGCCAAUAGAGACAAAUGAAAGCUAACUGCUAACUUUGAGUGAUGGUAAUCAGAAGAAGAUGAACAAUCAAGUCUCCUAAGAGUAACGCAGAAAAUACAAAGAGACAGUAACUACUUCAGAGCUUUCUCUAUGCAAGCUCUUUCACAAUCAAACCUGAAACGGUUGGGGAGAAAAGCCUAACAAUGCAGCUGUCAAUUGUGUAUGUUUUUCUUUUUCAAAAAUGUUUGUCAUAUGUAACUGGAACUAUUGAAAGAUUAUUGUUUGUUGUCUUCUGUUAUUGAAAGAUGUAUGUACCACGCCGACUUUUGAGACCAUGGAAUUUGAUUCCAUAAUAUUACGACUCAAAUAUUGCAGUUUGAAAGAUAGUUUUAAUGUAAGGACAGUGGCAUUUUGUCAGUGGGGGAUGCAGAAUUUCAGUUAGUGAUGAUUUGUCUGUUUGUCUCUGUACCCGUGUCAUUGAGUUAGGCUACCACUCUUUGCUCAGAGCACUGAAGCUACGGUACGGUUCAAAUGAUCAUAUUGUAUUUGUCUUUAUUGACAGUGAUGCAACAACUUGGAAAUGUAUAUAUUACCAAAUGCAUUGAAGGCAUUUAUAAUUAUUUGUUUGUCUCCUUGAUUGACUGGCUGAUGACUUUUGGGAUUCGGCCACAAUGUAUUUUUAAUUGGGACGUGCAAGUCUGGUAUAAUUUAGAUGUAGUUUGUGCCAUUUUGUGUCCACACUUCAGAUCCCCUGAGUGUUGAUUCUAUGAACUGUAAACGUCCAUGUCUUUACACAUUUUAGUGUUUCUUUCAACUUGUGAAAUAAAAUAUCUAUGGUAAUUGGUAACAAAAUACAAUUAUUAGCCUAUUUAUAUUAUUAUAUGGCACUCAUUUUAAACUCAUAUUAGACAAUAUUGCUGGCCAUGUGUAUUAUUAUUUUGCCCUCGUUGGUGUCUUUUUAUGUUUUAGAGUGAAAAAAAUGUGUCAAUUUGAUUGGUUGAAACAGCAAAGCAAAAAAAUGACAUUUAUGAUAGUGGUGAUAUUAAUUUUGCUAAAAGCAGAGGAGGUUGGUGGGGAGUAGCUAUGGGGGGGAUGGGCUCAUUCUAAUGAAUGGAAUGAAUGGAACGGAGUCAAACGUGAUUUCCAUAUGUUUGAUUCCGUUCCAUAGAUCCCAUUCUAGGCAUUACAAGGAGCUCAUCCUCUUUUAGCUCCUCCCACCAGCCUCAUCUGACUAGGUGGUAGAUUGAAAGGGAAGCUGUUAUAAAAUGAUUGGCCGUAAAAAAAA